AUGGAGCGGGGGGGGGGGGGACGAGGGGGGGGAGAGGGCGGCGGGGAGGCGGGCGGGGGGGCUGGGAGGGAGGGCGGGUGGGGGAGGGGGGGAGGGGGGGUGGGGCGGGGGGGUGGGAAGAGUGGAAGGGAGGGGGGAGGGGGGGGGGGGGGGAAGGGGCGUGGGGGGGGGGGGGGACAGGGGGGGGGGGGGGGGGGGGUUGGGCGGGCGGGGGGGGGGGGAGGAGGGGGGGGGGGGGAUCGGGGGGGGGGGGGGGGGGGGCGGCGGGGGUGGGGGGGGGGCGGGGUGGGGGGGUGGGGUGGGGGGGAGGGGGGGGGGGAGCAAGUGAGGGGUGGCGGGGCGGGGGUCACCGGGGGGGGGGUUGCAGGGGGACAGGAGGGCGGGGGGGAUGGCGGGGGUGGGGGGGGGGGGUGGCGGGGGUGCGGGGUGGCGGGGGGGGGAUUGCGGGGAUGGGGGGGGGGGCGGGGCGGGGGGGGGGGUGCGGGGGGGGGCGGCGGGGCGUGGGGCGAAGAGGGGUGGGGGCGGUGCGGAGGGGCGUGGGUGGGGGUAGGAGGGGGGGGGGGGGGGCGGGAGGGGGGGGGAGGAGGGGGGGGGGGGGAGGAGGGGCGGGCGGGGGGGGGGCGGGCGGGGGGCGGGGGGGGCUGA